AUGCCACAACUCUCAGCUUCGGAUAAGCAUCAACUUAUCACCAAGAUCAAAGAUGGGUCCUUUGUGUUGGGCAAUCUCAGCGUCGAAAGAUGCCCCAAACUUGAGACCGCAGAGGUCUCGCGGGAAGUCCUGAAGCAAGUCUACGCGCUGAUGGUGGACGAAGUCUCCAAGGUUUUCCAUUUGGACAAGACUGAAGCCAUGCUAUGCUUCAAGAGAUGUGUCAAAAAGCUCGUCCGUGGUGAGCCUCUACAGGCGAGAAGCUUGGACGAGUACAAGGGAUGGAACAAAGUCAAGAAACACCCCCUGACCAUCAUGCACCUACAAUCCCAAACUGGGGAUUUAGCUUGCACCCCAGCUCCUCAUCUCGUAUUGUGA